UGGCCUCACGCUCGCUUCCUCGUGCACUCGUCCGCAGCGGUGCACGCACGCAGACACGGCGCAAAUUCUCUCUCCCUAGCCCUCGUUGCUCACCGAGCCCUGCAGAACUCGCUCGCUCGCGCACUCAUAAUCUCUCACCCCCCCUCCUCCUCAUCCUUACACCGCGCGCCGCUGUUUGGUUAGAUUUAAUGAAAUAUGCCGAUGGUCCGGAUUGCCAGCUAGUAGCGCUGACACAUUAGGAGCAGCAGCAGCAAAAUCAGCUGCAGAGGAGGAGGAGAAGCCACCGGUUGCUGUGCGCCAUGCAGCGAAGUGUUGGAAGGCGAGGAGGAGCAGGAGGAGGUGGAAGAGGAGGCGGCGGAGGAGGAGGAAGGACGAAUUGGGGUUUGCAGUCUGUCUGAGCGUCUCCCGUGUGUGCUCCCCUCUGUGACUCACUCCUCGUCCCAUCGUGCUCGGCUUCACACGUAUAAAAGCCAUCGUCGGCAAGAUCAACAACAUCAUCAUCAAAAUAAUCAUUAGCAGCGGCAGCAAACGUGCUCCCUUUACCCGUUGGCGUUCUCGGCAUCUGAGCAAGACACGUGGAUUGUGGUUUUUGUGGAACGAACUUUUGCCGAGACUGACUUUUGAGUUUGGAGUCGAGGCGAAGAUGGGAUUUCGAGCGGGGCUCGUGUGGCUGCUGUGCUCCCAGUGUUUGGUGCGCGCCGAGCAGGCGCAGGACACGAGUCUGCCCCGCGAGCUGCUGGACAUGUUGGCUCACGCGGACAUCCGGAGCAUCGGUGACCUGCAGCGCCUCCUGGAGAUUGACUCCGUAGAGCGGCCGGGUUCAAUGCCGGCGUCCGUGCGGGCGCGCGGCGUGGAGCCUGGAGCGGCGGGGAACCGGUCGAGAGCUGCCCGCUCCGUACGGAGCCUCGCCGAGGAGGCGACGGCGGCCGUGUGCCGCGUGCGGCCCGUCUCCCUGGAGAUCCCCAGGUCCCAGAUCGACUCGACGUCGGCCAACUUCCUGGUGUGGCCGCCCUGCGUUGAGCUGCCUCGCUGCUCGGGCUGCUGCAACACGCACAGCGUGCGCUGCCAGCCGUCACGCACGCGCCACAAAUACGUGAAGGUGGCCAAGAUCGAGUACGUGAAGCGACGCACUCUCCUCAAGGAGGCCCUCGUCAAGCUGGAGGAGCACCUCGACUGCACGUGCGGCUGCCUUGCCGGACACGGGGACUGCCGCGACAGCGACGGUCCCAAUGAAUCUCAGCACUGCCAAGACGGCCUCUGCGGGAAAGGUGUCAGAUGAUGGUCGUUACAGCCGGCGGAUCGCGCGCACACAGCGAGAGAGACAGCUGCCUGCCUCGCCUACCCCCCACCGCUCCUUCCUCCGCCCUCCCCACUCCCCCGGCCCGCCCACGUGUCCUCCAUUGUGACGCCACAAGCCCCCGAACCCGGAAGCUCGCGCACGUGGCACGAACCGCGGCUCGGACGGUGACGAGCGACGGGGUCCGAGGGACGCACGCGGCGAGAGAGAGAGAGAGAGGGAGAGAAAAAGAGAGAGAGAGAGAAAGAGAGAGACUGGCGAAGAAAUCGCCGCUGCUGCUGCCGAACCCCCGAACCCUGGAACCCCUGAUCACGGACCCCCGGCGAGCGAGUGGCGGAGGCCACAGGGCGGGGGUGGGGGUGGGGGGGGGGGGAGCGACAGCGAUUUGCUGGCGCGGGAAGUGAUUAAAGAAGACGACGCCGGGAGAAGAGGGCACAAUGAGAGAGGGGGGAGAUGUUGCGAGGACGUUUGCCGUUGCAAGAACAGGAACGGGAAGGGGGGAGAAUGGCCGCGAGAUAGCGGAACGAAGCACGGGAUGGCGACAGAACGACAAGGGGUGGGGGGGGUGGGGGGUGGGGGGUGGGGGGGGUCAGGGAGUGGGGGCAUGAGAGUGUCGGGGCGUGAAGCGCUCCCGGGAGGAAGGAGACGGAGCGGACCAAGCGCGAGACGCUUGAGCGAGUCGCGAGUAUUUCCGGGGUGAGUCCCAAGUCCUCUGGGGCGAGGCGUUGGACUGGGUGGGUGGGUGGGCGGCGGGACUGGAGGAGCCGAACCUUACCCCUCCCCCACCUUCCCUGGCACGACUCUGGGCAGUUUGCGGAAAUCACAAAACGGAGAGAAACGCCGCGACUUGGGAGAGACGUGGAAGGGUUUGUGUGUGUGGUGUGUGGUGUGUGUGGUGUGUGUGUGUGGUGUGUGGUGUGGGGUGUGUGUGGUG